GGUUGGGCUGGGCUUGUCCGCAGGGCACUUGCAGCCCGCAUCAGCUUCUCACUCGUCCAACUUCCCCUCCAGCCUCCCGCGACAAACGCCGGUUGUUCCAAAUCCGCCAACCUCAUGAGACAGUGCUAGCAUCGCCACGGUCUUCGUUUCUUGCAAUCGCGGCCAUUGAGAGUCUCGAAACCCCGGCGCCAAAAUCGCAAUGACGCUUCGAGAUUUGAAUCAAUUACUAGACAGGAUGCCGAGUUCCACCAAGGACACCCCCGGCCUGUCUUCGCUAGGCCCGCUUCCGGCGAUGCAGCUCCACCCGCCUCCAUCUCCUGGGACUCACCGAACGCUCAGGAGAUUGCAGUCGGCCCAUACCCUGGGCGCGAAGGCCGCCACACAACCGUCGCUCAUUUCGCAACAGAGACUCCAGCUGCAACACCAGCAACAGUUUCAAAACUUGAAUCAGCACCUUCAAAAAGGCCCUCCUCCACCUGCUCCUGCGCAUGCUCCUCCGUCUCAUCAGCAGCAACAACAACAGCCGCCGCCGCCAAGAAGACAUGCGAGCAUCAACCGCUCGCCGCAAAGAGCACGCGCCAACAGCGACACACCGCAACCCGCCAACGUGCCCCAGCUCAGCGCCGCGACCAUGACCGCCGCAACCGCCGCCAGACGUUCCGCGCUGAGCAAACGGUCGCUCGCCGCUGAUACCAUGUCUCUCGAGAGGUUACUUCGCGAAGGGCCUCCCAAUGGGGAUGUCGAAGGCGCCCUCGAGAGCACGCGCCUCAAGAUUCUCGACCAGGGCAUCAAGUCCGACAGCGACGGCAUGUCGUCCCUUCGAAUAUACGUCUGGCUCAUUUUUCUCAACGCGCCCGUGCUUGACACUGAUAGCUACCUCGCCCUCAUCCACCGCGGCGCGUCUCCCGCCUACUCCAAGAUUCGCAACGACACCUUCCGCACGCUCUCGACCGACCCGCUCUUCCGACGCCGCGUGAGCGAGGCGAGCCUGAUCCGACUACUCAAUGCCUUCGCUUGGACACUCCACGAUGCUCGUGAAGAGCGGGCUCGCGACCCAAGCGUGGCCAGCAGUUCCCGUCUAUCACUCGAUCAAUCGAGCAGUCGGCCGGAAACGGGUCACGGGAGCGACUAUGGCAGCCCAAGCUCGUCGCCCGCCGCGAAGAGAGCACGUGCCCUCACGCUGACCACCGAGGGCUCCGUCACGAGCAUGGCUGCCGAGCCGGGGGCCUACGUCCAGGGCAUGAACGUGCUGGCCGCUCCUUUCCUGUACGCCGCGCGCAGCGAGACGGAGGCUUUUGCCGCCUUCCACCAGCUGCUGACCAACGAGUGUCCGGGCUACAUCCGCGGUGCCAUGGACGGCGUGCACAAGGGUCUUGCGCUGGUCGAUAAGGUGUUGGCCAUCGUCGAUCCCAAGCUCAGCCUGUAUCUCCUGUCCAAGAACCUGUCGGCUGAGAUCUACGCUUUCCCUUCGGUUCUGACACUCUGCGCUUGCACCCCACCGCUCCCUGAGGUGUUGCGCCUCUGGGACUUCCUCUUUGCCUACGGCCCGCACCUCAACAUUCUGUGUAUUGUUGCGCAGCUGGUCAUGAUUCGCACCAAGAUCAUGGAGUCGCCGAGCCCCAACAAACUCCUCCGGUCUUUUCCGGCGCUUCAAGCGGACCAGAUCAAGCGCACGACGCUUGCGAUCAUCAAGAUGAUACCUGAUGAUAUCUACUCGGAGAUCGUUUCCCAUGCCCGCUGAAGCAAGCAGCCUCCGUACACCGAGCGAACCUCGGCCCAAUUGCUUGUACAACCUGUCGCCUCGCGCCCGAUGACAAGCGGCCUCCGUCGCGCGUCACCAGGCUUACCUCUGCGCGGAUCCCUGCCUAAGCGACGCCCUCAUGUGCAUUCAGCGUCUGCGGAGUUCACCGUACGGAGCUCACCGAUUAGCGAGUCCUUUAUCGGGGGAGCCACUGUUCGA